AUGGCUUCCAGACCACCCAACUUUCUCCCCUAUAUCCGUCUCCAAACAGCUCGAAACACUAGAUCGCAUGCGUCGCGACGAACUAUUUCUACUCCUCCUCCUCCACAACCACCAAAGUCGUCACAUCCGAGACCCAAUGACUCUCGCUCUCGCCUGUGUCGCUUUAAUGACCGCCUCCCUCGCUUUCUCCGCACAUAUACCACACCCUUACUUGGAGCGCCAGUUACCCAUAUCACAUCAUUUCUAAUACUUCAUGAAAUCACUGCUAUUCUUCCACUAUUCGGAUUGGUUGGCGCAUUUCACUACGGCGCCUGGAUUCCGGAUCUUGCAUCGCAGACAGGCGAGACCAAUGCCUUCGACGAAGGAGUUGCGCGUUUCGGCCGCUGGCUGAAAAAGAAAGGCUGGGUGGAUGAAGCCGACGUGAGUACCGUCGCGGGGCAUGAAACAACCGGGGAGAAGACAAUGGACCGAGCAGGGGUUCGAUUGGUGCUUGAAUUUGCCACGGCCUAUGCUAUCACGAAAGCUUUGUUUCCAGCCCGGUUGGCAGCGAGUGUUUGGGCGACACCGUGGUUUGCAAGGUCAGUCUUUACACCGGCAGCAAACCUAGCCAGACGGUUCUUCCGCAGAGCUUGA